AUGAAGGAUGGCACUACCUUGGUGUGGAAAGGAGGUAGAGAGGCUGAUACUUUCCAGAUGGCUGCGCCUCUCAGGAGUCACACUCAGGGCAUGGUAUCAUUAACUGUUGGGCCUGACCGGUUGUAUUCAGGUUCUAUUGACCGGACCAUAAGGGUGUGGGACUUGCACACUCUGGAGUGUGUUCUGGAACUUGUUGGACACACUGAUGUGGGGAUGUCACCGAUUUGCUGGGACCAGUAUUUGAUAUCUUGUUCAUUGGAUCAGACAUUCAAUUAUCAUAUCUUGAUGUUGCAAAUAUCAUUUUGUCCAGCACAUGAUAUUUUUGCACUGUCAGGGAUGAAUGAUGCGGGUGGUAAGCCAGUCCUCUGUGCAUGCGUAGACAACACCGUUCACAUGUACGAGCUCCCAUCGUUCAAUGAAAGGGGCAAGAUAUUCUCAAGACGAGAAGUCAUGACUCUUCAGACGGCUCCUGGAGGCCUUUUCUUCACGGGAGACGCUACAGGGAUACUGACCGUUUGGAACCGGUCGGAUUUUCUGAAGAGCCAACAAGAGCCGCUUCCUCAUUCGAUGGAAUCAUGCUCAGUAAAAGAGAGAAUCGAUCAGGCUAUUGACAUUGGAGUUCAAAUUUUGUAAGGAAGGCGAUGUCAUCUAUGCCCUGAUGCAACUGGGAUGUGAUUUAAAGCAAGAAACGGAAUGGCUGUUACUCCUACUG